AUGCCUCAAAAGAAAACAAUACCUCCUUUAAAAAAAAACCAGCAAAAAAUAUGUAAAUUAACAUAUAUUUUAAGAAAUAAUCUAAUCCUUUUAGUUGAAGAUAAAACAUUUGGGCUUAAAAAUAAAAACAAAUCAUCAAAAGUUCAAGCACAAAUUCGUCAAAUAGAAUCUCAAGCAGCACAGAUAGGAAAAAAUAAAGCUACUAAAGAAAAAGAAGCACAGAAAAAAGAACAAGCAGAGAGAAAAUUAGCAGAAGAAUCUAAGAAGAUAGAACUUGCAGAAUUAUUUAAGCAACCAGCACAAAAAGUACCAUUUGGUGUUGAUCCAAAAAGUAUUCUUUGUCAAUAUUAUAAACAAGGAUUUUGUGAUAAAGGGAAAAAGUGUAAAUUUAGUCAUAAUCUUGACGUAGAGAAAAAAUCAGAAAAAAAAGAUAUAUAUACAGAUUCUCGGCAAAUACCUUUAAAUCUAGAUAACUCGUAUGCAGACAGAAAAGAUGACACUAUUGAUAUGUGGGAUGAUGAAAAGCUUCAGUCAGUUGUUUUAAGUAAACAUGGGAAUCCAAAGACAAUGACAAAUAUUGUAUGUAAAUUUUUCUUAGAAGCAAUAGAAAAAGGUAUUUAUGGCUGGUUCUGGGUUUGCCCAAAUGAUGGCGAUAAUUGUAAAUAUAAACAUAGUCUUCCUCCAGGAUUCGUUUUUAAAAGUAAACAAAAGGAAAAAGAAGAAGAAGAAAUUACAUUGGAACAGUUUCUUGAAAUCGAAAGACAUAAACUUGGACCAAACUUAACACCUGUAACGUUAGAAACAUUUACUGAAUGGAAGAGGAAAAGAGAAGAGAAAAAAGAGCAAGAAGAACAAGAAAUUCGCAAAAAGAAAGAAGCUAGUAUAGCAGCUGGACGAAUUGUUGGUUUAAGCGGAAGAGAAUUAUUUGAAUACAAUCCUGCCAUGUGUGAAGAAGAAGACGAAAUACUAGAUUUAAGUGAAUUUAGGAAAGUUAUAGAUGAUUCAGAAGAAGACAAUAUAAACAAUUAG